GAAUUUCCACAACAAAAUGGCUUGGUGUAUCCCAUGGACAGAGUUUUUGAGUAUGACCCAAGCUUGUUUUCAUACCAAACAAACUACAAUCUUCCCAACUUCGUAGACUUGAGAGAGUUGGAGGAUCAUUUUCUUUUUCUGGACCAGAAUCUUCCUUCUUGCAAUGGUGUCUCAAUCCAUGAUCACCCAGAUGAUUUUGAUCAUUAUCUUGAAGUUGGUAGUGAAGAACACUUGACACAACUCCCCUCCGGAAAUGACUCUGAGGAUCGUCUGAAGAUUGGAGGUGGAUUCAGCGACCUGCAGAGUGUAAUUCAUGGCGGUUUUUCGGGUUCUUGGAAGCAUGAAGAGGGCACACAACAAAGCUCAAGGUCGAAGACGGCUGCAUUGGAGAUGGACGAUAUAAAGCAGUAUUUCAACGUGCCCAUAACCAGAGCUGCCAAGGAGCUGAAGGUGGGAUUGACAGUAUUAAAAAAGAGAUGCCGAGAGCUCAAUAUCACUAGGUGGCCUCAUAGGAAGAUCAAAAGCUUGAAAGCUCUGAUUACCAAUGCCAAGGAACUGGGGUUGACAGAGGAGAUAGAGAUGCUGGAGGAGCAUAGAAGGAUGUUGGAGAAGCAGCCGGAGAUGGAACUAACAGAGAAAGCUAAGAAGCUGAGGCAGGCAUGUUUCAAGGCCAAUUACAAGAGGAAAAGAGCUCUGCAGGCUCCAUUUACUCAGAUUUCAUAUGAAUAAUGUUAUCAUUGUUUUCUCCUUAAGCGUGAAUGCUUGCCACAGAAUGCAUUCAUAUAAUUGUGGAGUUUGUUUCAAUGAAAGGAAUUGGAUCUCUUUUGCUCUAU